CAUAAGACUGAGAGCUACGGCCGCAGCAGGGACACGCGGAGCCAGGACUUGGAAACUUAAUUAUUGUGGUUCUUCUUCUUCUUGGGGGCUGUGAAAUUUGGUUUAUUUUUUUUUCCGGAAAGAAAGUUUUUGGGAGGUUUCUUCUAGAUAUUUCUUCAUCUUAUUUUGGAGGACCGAGUUACUUUUCUCGUCUUCUUUGUCACUCCCCUCCCCCCGUGGGACCCGCCGGACGCGUGGAGGAGACCGCACCCGAAACUGAUUCUGUACAGCGGGACGACGUUUUCCGCUUCUUGGGGAGACAUACCCACUCGCUCCCGGGUUACCUACGGAACCUGGACUUUCAGGAAGGAGGCACAGCGGCAUCCUGUGGGGACCUGGGCACCGCAGGGGGACUGCAAGGAAACUUUGCCAGUGUUGGAGCGGGACGCUGCCCCCUCCCCGAGCUUCCCCGGACGGCGUACUUUGAGGACGCGCUCGGCUCACCCCGGACUCCCUCGGCUCACCCCGGACUCGCACCUUACUUCCCCCACCCGGCCAUAGCCUUGGCUUCCCGGCGACCUCAGCGUGGUCACAGGGCCCCCCCUGUGCCCAGGGAAAUGUUUCAGGCUUUCCCCGGAGACUACGACUCCGGCUCCCGGUGCAGCUCCUCGCCCUCCGCCGAGUCUCAGUAUCUGUCUUCGGUGGACUCCUUCGGCAGCCCACCCACCGCCGCCGCCUCCCAGGAGUGCGCCGGUCUCGGGGAAAUGCCCGGUUCCUUCGUGCCCACGGUCACCGCGAUCACAACCAGCCAGGACCUCCAGUGGCUCGUGCAACCCACCCUCAUCUCUUCCAUGGCCCAGUCCCAGGGGCAGCCACUGGCCUCCCAGCCCCCGGUCGUGGACCCCUAUGACAUGCCGGGAACCAGCUACUCCACGCCAGGCAUGAGUGGCUACAGCAGUGGCGGAGCUGGGGGCAGUGGCGGGCCUUCCACCAGCGGAGCCACCAGUGGACCUGGGCCGGCUCGCCCAGCCCGAGCCCGGCCCCGGAGACCCCGAGAAGAGACGCUUACCCCAGAGGAAGAGGAGAAGCGAAGGGUUCGCCGGGAACGGAACAAGUUGGCCGCCGCCAAGUGUAGGAACCGACGGAGGGAGCUGACCGACCGACUCCAGGCGGUGAGGAUGGUCCCUGGGGCGGG